CAGGUCGCAGUAGACCACGUUCUUAUAAUGAUUAAAAUUUUAUCUAAUUGUGCACUCUUUCCUGGUGAUAAUGAGCCGUGGGACAAUGAGGGGACGUCGGCGUAUCUCCGAAUGCAAGGUAUUUCAAUUGAAUGCGAUAGUGAGGAAAAAUUGAAAUUAGUUUUACGAUAUCAGAAGCAGAAGGGUUUCGAUUUUAUGAGAAUUGCCCGCUUUCCGCAAAUCACUGUUGAAGUUCUAGUGAAAGCUAGUAAAGUGCCUAAUUUCAAAAAAGUACUCGAAACACAUCAUAUCGAAUAUCGAGUGUUUAUUAAAGAUAUGGAAAAAAUCGUUGCUGUUGAAUAUGCCGCACAACAAGAAUUUGAACCAAAAGAUAAUAAUCAUGGUCGAAUGUUUAAUACAACAUUUUCCUUUAAUUAUUUUCCACGCUAUCAAACAAUAAAUAAUUUUUUAGAUUCUGUAUCAAUGAGAAAUAAGGAUGUGACUUUAUUGGAUCUUGGCUUAUCUACAGAGAAACGUAAAAUGUAUGGUGUGAAAAUUUCAUCAGGUGGAAGAAAUAAACCUUCGAUUGUAAUUGAUGCUGGAAUUCAUGGGCGAGAAUGGAUUGCACCUGUCACUGCGCUUUUCGCCAUUAAUGAACUCGUGCAACUCAAUAACAAACAACUUUAUAGAAACGUCGAUUGGUAUAUUAUUCCAUUGCUAAAUCCCGAUGGUUACGAAUUUUCACACACUAAAAAUCGCCUUUGGAAGAAAACAAGAUCGAAAACUAGAGGUUCGAUUUGUAGAGGUGUUGAUGCGAAUAAAAAUUUCGAUUUUAUGUGGAUGGAAACUGGCGCUUCGAGUGAACCAUGUGAUGCAAUAUACGCAGGAAGUAAAUCAUUCUCAGAACCUGAAACUCGAAAUUUUCGAAAUUUUAUACAAGGCAGUAAUAAGAAUAUCAAAGUUUAUAUAUCCAUGCACUCUUACGGUCAGUAUUUUCGACAUCCUUGGGGUUAUACUGAAAAGCUUCCUCAAAAUGAACCAAUACUUAGAAAAGUAGGUCAAGAGGCAGCUGAUGCACUAGCCAAUAUUUACGGAACCCAGUACAUUAUUGGCAGUUCCAGUACUUUACUUUAUCCUUCGUCAGGAGGGAGUGAUGACUGGAUGAUGGCUAUGGGUGGUGCUCAACUAUCAUUUUCCAUAGAACUUCCCGGAAGUUCAUUUGUCACAAAUUCAACAAAAAUUAAAUCUGUUGGUAAAGAAAUAUUUGCAGCUCUCAAAGUGUUUGCCAAGUUUGCCGAAGUAGGCAUCAAGUAUGGACAGACAACACAAAAAGAAAGUGGAGAUGAAAAUUCAGAAUAGAUAAAAAACCCGUUAUUAGCUAUAUUUAGAUACAAAAG